AUGGAUCACUUACUUAUCUUGGUGGCUAUGGUACAUUUAUUGUACUGUCCAUUCACAAAAGUGGAAGAAAGUUUCAAUCUGCAGGCUAUGCAUGAUAUCUUAUACCAUAGUUUUGACCUGUCCGAGUAUGAUCACCAUGAAUUUCCUGGAGUUGUGCCACGAUCAUUCGUGGGACCAAUGAUAAUAUCAGGCUUGGCAUCACCUCUAAUAGCAAUCAUUAAUUAUUUGCAACUUAACAAAUUCUUUGCUCAGUAUGUUGUAAGAGCAAUACUGGGUUUGUUAGUAAUAGGUAUGUUAAAGCUAUAUAGAGAUGCUUUACAAAGUAUCUUUGGAACACAAUUUACAAAAUGGUUUGUUGCCAUAACUGUAACACAAUAUCAUUUUAUGUAUUAUUUAAGUCGUCCAUUGCCAAAUAUCAUGGCUAUGCCAUUAGUAUUACUUGCUUUAUAUGGGUGGUUGAAGCAAAAUCACAUGAUAUUUAUUUGGUCAUCUGCAGCAGCAAUAAUAAUAUUCAGAGCAGAACUUGCUAUGCUACUGGGCUUAUUCCUUUUGUACGAUAUAACCAACAUGAAACUGACUAUAUCAAGAUUACUUAAAAUUGCAAUACCAGCUGGUAUAUUUUUUCUAACAUUAACGGUUGCAAUAGAUUCUAUAUUUUGGAAACGAUUAGUAUGGCCUGAAGGAGAGGUGUUUUAUUUUAAUACUGUACUUAAUAAAAGUAGCGAAUGGGGUACAUCACCAUUUUUAUGGUACUUCUAUUCAGCACUCCCACGUGGACUGGCUUUGUCAUAUUUUUUAGUACCUUUGGGUAUGUUAUGGGAUGCUCGAGUUCGAGCAUUAACAGUUCCUGGUAUUGCAUUUGUUCUUUUAUUCUCAUUUCUACCUCAUAAGGAAUUGAGAUUUAUCGUAUAUGUCUUUCCAUUGUUAAAUGUUAGUGCUGCUGUUGUUUGUCAUAGAAUAUGGGAAAACAGAGCAAAAAGUCCAUGGAAUGGAUUUUUGGCACUGAUCAUUAUAGGUCAUCUAGUUUUAAAUGCUCUAUUUUCUAUGUUUCUUUUAUGUGUUGCUGGUUCUAACUAUCCUGGUGGUUUAGCUAUUGCCAAAUUACAUAGACUUGAAAAAGAUUCUGUUAAUCCAGUACAUGUACACAUUGAUGUUUUGACAGCACAAACAGGAGUUUCAAGAUUUACACAAACAAAUAGCUCUUGGAUUUAUUCAAAACAAGAAAAUUUAACCAUUGACUGUCCUGAAAUGCUUCAAUUUACACACCUUCUAAUGGAGGCUAAAAGUAAAUACUCACCAAAUAUAAAACCGUAUCUUAAAACCCACGAUAUUCUAGAUUCUGUAGACGGUUUCUCUCACAUAGCGUUAAACUAUAACAUGUUGCCACCUAUACGAAUAAAAACUAGACCAAUAAUAUUUAUUAUGAAAAGAAAAUCAAAUAUAAAGUAUGAUCUGAAAAAAGCAAAAGCACAAAUUCGUGUAAAACAGCAGAAUGGUAAUGAUAUACGGAAAAGCGAAGAAGGUACAUAUAUAAUAAACGGUACUGUUCAAAAUAUGGAGCCAAUAUUAGAUGAAAUUAUGGAAUCAUUAGAGCAAUUUGAAAAACCAUUGAAUCUUAAUGAUAUGAACAUAGUAGAUACAGAAAAAAAAGAAACAUUAAAAUCUGGUAGUACAGAAACUGAUGUCAAAGAGGAUAUUGAAUUAUUUAAUGUAGAACAAAUAUCUACUAACUUAUCUGGAAAUGUAUCACCUUUAGAAACAUCAGUUGAAACAGAAAUAUCACAAAAUAUAUCUGAAAUAGAAGAUGAUAUUACUAACAAUAAUACUAAACUACAACACGAUGUGGAAAAUAGUUCUGUUGUUAGGGAAAUGGAAUUGGAUGUAAAUGGAGAAGAAAAUGAAAAGGUAAUGACUGGAAAGCAACAAGUAAAACUUGGUAACAGUCCAGAAGGUAGUACUAUAAAGAAAGUUGUCAAGAAACUUAUUCAAGAAAAACUUGAAGCAGUUAAACUUAAGAAGGAUACGACGGAUGAAAGAGCUGAAAUUCCACCAAAAAUUAGUGCCAAAUUAAAAAGAGUAGUUCCAUUAAAAAUAGAGACACCACAAAAAGUCAGGAUUAUAUCAAAGCAAGAACUAAAUGAAAAACCUGCUGUUAUACAAGAAUUAAAAGAAAAGUCUGUAACAGUUCACGAAUUAAAAGAGAAACUUACAAUCAUUCAAGAUAUAAAAGAAAAGCCAUUUCAGAAUAUAAAAGAAAAACCUUCCAUAAAUCAAGAAACAAUUAAUGAACGUAAAAGUAUUAAUGUAAAAGAAAGUAUUAGAAAUAUAAUAAAUCAAUUUAGAGAAUUUGAAAAAGAUUUUGUACAGGAAGAAUUAGAAACAGUUAAAAAAGAACCAGAUGUUAAAUAUAGUGAAGAACCUAUGGAAAUAAAUAGAAAAAUGUCCGAGGAUUCAUUAAAUGUAGGAGAUAUUACCACAAAAACCAAGUACUCAAAAAUGAUCAAAGAUGCCAAAGAAAGUCUAAAGGAUAUAAUAAAUCAAUUUAAACAAAUAAAGAGUGAAUUAACUUCUGAAGAAGAUGAUCAAUUUGAUAGGAUUGAAGCUACAUAUAUGGAUCGGCCAAUUGCCGAGACAUUAAUGCAGUUUAGUGAAGCUUUAAAAAAUUUAAUACAACGACGAAAAAAGAGUACAAUACCUGCUGUAAAUAAUAUUGAUAGUAAUAGUGACAUAUCUAAAUCAGAAACUCAGCCAAAAGUAAUUACAGGAAAUGCUCAAUUUUUAAAAGUUCCAAAUUAUAAUAAAGAAGAAAAAGUAGGAAGAGUCACACAAAAUAUGCAAAAUGCAAACGAUAAUCCGAGUUCAAAUAAAGCAUUUGAAGAAAAAUAUUUGUCAACAUCUGCAUCUAACAAAAACGUCCGAUUAAAUGCUGAGAAGUCUACUGAUGCUGUUUCAAAUAAUAUACUAAAACAAUAUGUUUCUAGUGAACAGGACGAGGAAACGCAAAAGAAUGUUGAAAAUAGCUCAAACGAUUAAAUAUUAGAAAUAAUUCGCGGUUUUGUGCUUUUUUAAUGAAACAGUUAUCUAAUUAUAGUAAUAUGUAAAUACGUUGUUCUGUGAUAACGAAAGCAUUGUACGUCUUAAUCCAUGCUCGUGCAUUACCAACACGGAAAAAUCAAAAUUUAUUUUUCCUAUAUUGUUGCUUAAAAUAUCAAAGAAUAUUCAUUCAAAACAGAAGAAAAAUUUUGUCUAAUAUAUAGUAUCACAAACGUGCCACAAAUGUAAUAACUUUAUAUAUGUAUCGAUGUAAGAAAGAAACAAUUCAAAUGAUAGAUAAAACAAUUGUUUUACUUACUACAAAAA